GGCGAUCCGCAGCUGACUUCAGUUGAGUUGCGUGCGUGUGCGAGCCCGAGACGUACCGCGUCUGCGCCGCCGUAAAUAAAUAAUUACACAAUGUUAAAGUUAACUCGUGCGCUGCUAUGCGCACUCCUAGUGCUAGCUGCAUUAGGACCUAUAAGUGGUGGAAAGUUCGGUGGAAGUAGAAGUGGUGGAUUCGGUCGCGGUGGAGGACAUUCUUACCCAAGCUCACACUCUGGGCUCUCAGGAAGCGGCUCAAGGCAUUCCGGCGGACUUUCUGGUGGAGGCCACGGAUACCCAUCGUCGGGCGGUAGCCACAGUUAUCCUUCAUCGGGUGGUAGCCACAGUUAUCCCUCAUCUGGUGGUAGCCACAGCUAUCCAUCAUCUGGUGGUAGUCACGGCUAUCCAUCAUCAAGCGGCAGUCAUGGAUAUCCAUCGUCAGGAUCAGGACUAUCAGGAUCAGGAGGCAGUCAUAGCUAUCCGUCUUCGGGAGGAAAAUCAGGAACAGGAUCACACUCAUACCCCUCCGGUGGUGGACUCUCUGGGGGACAUUCCCAGAGCAAUAAAUAUCCUAAUAGAGGAAUAUCUGGUGGUACGCACACCACCCAUACCACCAUCAACCACAACUACAACUACGCGCCACCGAAACAAAUCAGCUAUGCCGCCGCCCCUGGACAGCGACCGGUUUCUUAUCCAGUUUACCAUGGCGCUCCGCCGACCUACGUGUAUCAAUACAAAAAUUCAGGAAGUAAAUACGGUACUUUACUUGCUGGCUUGGCACUUUUGAACCUUGGCGCACUUGGAGCUACAGCUUACGCAGUUAGCCAGAACCAUAAUUCGCAUUCAAGUGGAACAAACAGCUACAAGCCACAGCCAGGUGAAUAUUGUAAAUUUGGCGUGAAGAAAGACAAUGGUGAUUAUGAGGAAACCAGAAUCGACUGUCAAUUGAUAACUAGUUUCAUCCUGCAAAGUCAAGGUACCACAGCUCCGGCUGGAGGCACUAACUCGACCGUCGUCACCACCAGCACGAAUGUCACUGUAGUGAACAUAACAAACGGCGUGGUGGAACAGCAGACUACGACUCCGCAACCGGUUUUGUACCAAAUGUUGGCGAAUGGUACUCUUGUUCCUGUGAAUGUUACUCUUCCCGGUGCAGUAAAUACGACAGCUGUUAAUGGUACGGACGCGUCAAACGGCACCGUGACGUCAUCGAUGACCGUGACGACAACAACGACUAAUACGACAGUGACAAAUGCUCUUGACGUGAAAGGGAAGGAGAUUCAAGUAACGCCGGGGAUGCAAUGCUUUGUGAUGAGGCAUACGCCGACUACAAACAUGAGGAAGGCAGUGCCCUGUGGCUUGCUGCAAUCCUACGCCGAUCAGUCCAUCAAGAAAAACUCUGCUGCUAGAAACAUACCAACUUUCACAUUGCUGUGUGCCGUCGUCGCAUAUUUAUUUCACUAACAUGUGUGUAUAUUGAUAGUGCCAACAUGAAUUAGUGUGAGUGAGACAUUCAGCUGCGCGAAAUAUUGGUAGCUAGGUCUUAAGUGAUCAUAUUUUUAUUUUCUACUCGUACUUACAUAAUAUCUGUUUGUGCAUUAGCAAUUUCAGUUAGUAGUAAUAUUACAACUGCAUAAAUUAUAUUUUUCUAUUUGCAUCGUUAAUUUACCGCUGUCCUGUCCUAGUUAGUGUAAGUAAAUGAUAAUCUCGAAGGUUCUUACUUGAGUGGGGUUAAAAAUUUCAUAUCAUAAAAUGCCAUUUAUCUAUUUUUUUAUUUACCUCUACUUAAUUCGUAAAUAAAGUGUAAACUUUGUCCACAAUGUUAUGAUUGGCUAGUCAGUUACUAAGCAGCUAAUUACCGUUCAAUUUACGGUUAUUACUGGAUACCCUAUACAUACAUCCGACUUUAAUACACUGUAGAAAACCUAACACUAAAAAAUAAUGUAGAAUGGAACAAAAUAAUUUCUCUAAAAAAUUAAAAUGCAUGGAAAAUUAUUCAGUAAAUCAGAAUAAGUAUCUAGUUUACCAAGGUCAUCUACCUUUGUGUACACUGAUAUAAAAAAUCAGAAAGUACCUAAUAAGUAUAAAUAGACGGCACUUUACUAGCUAGCCUGGCGUUGGUAAACCUUGCAGCUUUUUCAGGCAACUCCAGUUGAUCAAACUCAUCAUUCGUAUUUUAUAAAUUAUACGUCCUAAUGUAAAUUUGACGACAAAAAAGUCGCGAUUGAGGAAAACAGAAUUUGAUUGUUAAUUUGAUAAUCUUAAAUUAAACAAUAUAACGACAGCUCUGAACUGUGGCACUUGCUGACUGUAGUCACCACUACCACAAAAUUGUUGUAAAUAACGAAUGGGCAGAUUGGGCAGGCCUCUCACUAGGUGGACCGACGAUCUGGUGAAGGUCGCGGGAAAAAGGAAGCAUAUUUAUGUAUUUCACUAUCAAUAUCUUAAACUGUGAAAACGAACGUCCAAUUUUAUUAAGAUCUACUUUAUGUUUAUUAUUCCUCAAUGAUGCAUUUGUAUCUCAAUUCUAAGGCUGAGUUGCAUCACCUAACUUUAACCGUAACUAUAACGAAAACCGGUGUGUUUUGUAUGACAAUUGACAGCUUUUUGACGUUUGUCAAAGUUAAAGUAAGAUGGUGCAACCCAGCCUUAGAUUUGAGAAUGAUUGUGUAGUGUAAGUUUAUUGUUAUGUCUCUUAUUAUUAUUUUAUCUACGACUCAAAAUUGCCCUCAAUUAAAAUAUAACUAAAACCACAGAGUGGGUUUAAAAAAAACUACAUUAAUCCGAUAAACAUGUUUGUAACUUCUAUAUUAGUUUUAGAUUCGGUGAUCAGACUUU